ACACGCGGCCAUUGAAUUGAAUCGCAAAAGCCAAAUGGUUUCGGAGGCCGUGGAGGAGGUGUUGAAUUUGGUUGACAAGGCGACUGAGACAUUCAAGCAAAUCGCCGGCGAUGAUAUUGUCACUUUGUUUGAUGCCUCGCGAAAUCAGACUCAACCAUCAACCGCUCGAAAGGGCGAGGAGGAGAGCGCAGGUGCAGCCGGGUCAAGUGCGGCUGCUGGCAACAAUGAAAACGCCGGCGGCGGAGGUGGGGGCGGUGGCGGCGGCGCUGCCAGCCAGCAGCAGGAUUGGAGCAUUCUAUGGUCUUGUUUUGAGAACCCACUAACUCUCCUCUCGACAACAGAGAGUUUGCCCAAGGGCAUGCAGGAUAUGGUGUGCAAUGCGGUUGUGGAGAUGCGGCGCUACUAUAGCAGAAAGGUAAUCGAUGUGCUGAUUAAGGUAAUACGUGGCGCUUUGGACACCAUCAGGCGUCGCUUUGUCGCCGACGAGAAUGACACCGUACCAAAGAAGCCGAUAUUCGCGCUGCAUGCACAAUUGCAGAUCCCAAUUGUGGUGAUCAAACCUAAUCUGGAUGAGUUGCAGGAGAUACUGAUAACGGCGGGCAAAAAUAUCACUGGCAUUGCCAAAGGCGUGGCGCAGUGGAACAGCGGCAAAGAGCCGCAAGUGUCACUGACGCCGCAACCUCGCGUUGGCCGAAAUCACAACACGGGAAACCGAGCGCGCCGCCGCAAGCUAUAUACGCUAGCCUCCGAAGAGCGCCCGCAAAUGCCGCACAUGUUGAAAUCUUUUUAUGCCGCCAUCAUGGAUAACAAAGAGGUGGCAAAGGCGCUCAAUUUGCUGUCGAAUUGCACCAAGAACAUCAAACCCGAAAUACAAAGCUACAUUAAGCGUUGGAAACCAUAUCAUUUCCUUUGGAAGAACGACCGCACAACGCGCCAACUAAUGGAGUUCGGAUUGCAAGAGUUUGAGACGACGCUGCGUUGCUUGGCCGAGUUGGACGCCAACCUGUUGGUGGAGCCAGAAAUGGAGGUGUUCGGCCAGUGUUUGGCCGUCUACAAUGAACGUCUCAAAUAUGGCUUGGCCAUUGAAAUAAAAUCCUGUAAUCACAAGAUUGGUCAGGCCAUGAAGAAGAAGUACAAAAAGGAGAUGGACUAUGUCUACGCAGUAAUUAACGAAAUGGAUAGAAAGUUAGACAGGCCAAUACGUGAUCUUGACGAUGUGCGAAUGAUCAUGGAAACCUUGGCUAAAAUAAGGGAGCAAGAAGUUGACAUGGAGUUGCGCAUCGAUCCAAUAGAAGAAGCCUUCAAUGUACUCACCCGCUACGAAGUUCAGGUGGAGCGUGAACAAUUCGAUUUGGUAGAUAAUUUGCGAGGCACGUUCCAAAAUCUGUUGGCCUGUGCACUUCAGGCCCAAGUCAAGCUGCUCGAGAUGCAACCGUCCUUUCAGGAUGACCUACGCAAUAAUUUGGAUAAAUUUAAACAAGAUAAGAUACAGUACGUCAACGAAUAUCGCACUGCUGGUCCAAUGCAAGCAGGUCUGACACCACGCGAGGCUUCCGAUCGCUUGAUAUUGUUCCAAAAUCGCUUUGAGGGUAUGUGGCGUCGUCUACAGACAUAUCAAAGUGGUGAAGAGCUAUUUGGUUUGCCACAAACGGAUUAUCCCGAAUUAGGACAGAUUCGAAAAGAGCUAAAUUUGUUGCAGAAACUCUACAAACUGUACAAUGACGUGAUCGACCGCGUCAGCAGCUACUACGACAUACCCUGGAAUGAGGUGGACAUUGAAGAGAUCAACAACGAACUGAUGGAGUUCCAGAAUCGUUGUCGCAAACUCCCGAAAGGGUUGAAGGAAUGGCCAGCUUUCCAUGCACUAAAGAAAACCAUCGACGAUUUCAAUGACAUGUGUCCACUACUGGAGCUGAUGGCGAAUAAGGCAAUGAAGCCGCGCCACUGGCAGCGCAUCAUGGACGUAACAAAAUAUAUUUUCGAGUUUGACUCGGAAGGCUUCUCACUAAAGAACAUCUUGGAAGCGCCGCUGCUGAAACACAAAGAAGACAUUGAAGACAUUUGCAUUAGCGCAAUGAAGGAAAAAGAUAUAGAGGCGAAGCUGAAACAAGUCACCAACGAGUGGUCCGUUCACGAAUUGCAAUUCAUGAGCUUCAAUAAUCGCGGUGAAUUGCUGCUGCGAGGUGAUACAACUGCUGAGACAAUAGGCCAGCUGGAGGACAGUUUGAUGGUACUGGGCUCGUUGCUAUCCAACCGUUACAAUGCACCAUUCCGCAAGCAAAUACAACAGUGGGUUUACGAUCUGUCAAACUCGAACGAGAUUUUGGAACGCUGGCUGCUGGUGCAAAACAUGUGGGUAUAUUUAGAGGCUGUCUUUGUAGGUGGUGACAUCGCUAAGCAGUUGCCGAAAGAAGCUAAACGCUUCUCUAAAAUCGACAAGUCCUGGCAGAAGAUUAUGCAACGCGCUCACGAGACGCCAGGCGUGGUGGCCUGCUGUGUGGGCGAUGAUCUCCUCAAGCAGCUAUUACCGCACUUGCAGGAACAGCUGGAAAUUUGUCAAAAGUCACUUAGCGGCUAUUUAGAGCGAAAGCGUAUGAUGUUUCCACGUUUCUUUUUCGUUUCGGAUCCGGCCCUAUUGGAGAUACUUGGUCAGGCCUCCGAUUCGCACACCAUACAAAACCAUCUGCUAUCAAUUUUCGAUAACACGCGAAAGGUGAAAUUCCAUGACAUCGAGUAUAACAAGAUGAUGGCGAUAAUCUCCAGCGAGGGUGAAAUGAUACAACUGGAUCGCGCUAUUCGUGCUGAGGGUUCUGUCGAGACAUGGCUAACUCAGUUGCUGGUCACAGCACAGCAGUCAUUGCAUUCGAUUAUCCGCACCGCUUAUGCUACAAUUAAUGAUCCAAAUUUCACUUUGUUGGGAUUUUUAGAGAAAGUCCCAGCGCAAAUUGGUCUUUUGGGUAUUCAAAUGAUUUGGACACGCGACGCGGAAAUGGCGCUGAUGCAGGCCAGGCAUGAGAGGAAAGUCAUGUCGGAGACGAAUAAUAAGUUUUUAGAAAUUUUAAAUACGCUUAUUGAUCAGACAACAAGGAAUUUGACAAAGAUGGAGCGCACUAACUUCGAAACCCUAAUUACCAUACAUGUACAUCAACGGGAUAUUUUUGACAUACUGUGUCGCAUGAAUAUUAAGUCGGCAAACGACUUUGAGUGGCUGAAGCAGUGCCGCUUCUAUUUCAAAGAAGACCUGGAUAAAACCUGGAUUUCCGUGACGGACGUUACUUUUACUUAUCAAAAUGAGUACCUGGGCUGUACAGAUCGUCUGGUGAUCACGCCGUUAACAGAUCG